GCCAGAAAAGCACUUAGAGCUCUUAAAGGACUCGUGAAAUUUCAGGCUCUGGUAAGAGGUUUCCUAGUCCGAAAAAGAGCUGCUGCAGCUCGUCACAGCAUGCAGGCGCUCAUCAGAGCGCAGCCUGCUGUUUGAUCUCAAAGAGCUCUUCGUUCAAUGUCUAAUGACACUAGACACCAACCCGAGAUGCGAGCUAGGAGGUCCCGUAGUGUGUGUUUGCCGACAGUGUCAGCUGUGGUAACUGAGAAGUCCUACGUAGUGAAUUCAGAUGCUCAGCCAUCUAGCAGGGGUGAUGCACAUCACCAGCAAAA